AUGGGUGGCUCUGAAAAAGAGCCCACCUAUCGUGGUGCCUACAUUCGUCCGAUCCUUCUGAUCUACUCAAGUUUGGUGCUCAUCGGAACCAGCUACGCCUUCAUCAGCGAGGGUCAUCCGAUAAUGAGAAUCAACAACUGUGCCACGUUGACUCUCCAUGCGAUCCUCUUCUUCGGUGCCCUCUUCAACACCGAACGCUCUCUCGGGUGUGCCGAGAGAUUCCUGAGACUCUUCAUCUGUCUCUACAUCGCCAUCUUCUUUGUGCUCCCCGUCAUGAUGGCGAGCAUGCGGGCGUCCGGGUCAGCACCCCACACCCCAAAGAUGCUUCACGAGUCUCUCGGAAGCUACAUCAGGAAAUCGUUCGAGAAGGAGCCGAGCGAGGCGGAGAAGCGAUUCGACGAGGAAGCCAAGGAUCAACUCCUCCAAGUCUUCACUGACGAUGAUACCAAGUUGAAAGUGGAUUCAAUGUUUUUGGACAAGGUAUCCAAGGAAACCGUCAUCAAAGUUCUGGACUAUGGAGAGUUCAGGAUUCUCAAGGAACACGCCCUUCAAAACCACACUAUCUCCGGUCUCUUCUUCGACAACAUGAUCCAUGACAUCAGAAGACGUGAGGCAUUCAGAGCAGGAAUUUGGUCUGGAUACGGAAUGGAAAUGGCUUGUAUCUUGACUAUCAUUUUGCUCGCCGUCCAACACCACCUCGUCAAGCGCAUGUGGCUCCAUUCGAUCUUCAAUCAACCUCUCAAGGAGCAGUAUCUUUACUAUUGA